AUGGCUGUUCCUGAAGAUGACCUCCUCUCAGCGGGUGAUUCCGACUCUGAUACCCGCUUUGUUGAGCAGUCGCAACUUUCAUACAUAAUCCCAUUCGAGACCGAUCUUACUCUCGAAGAACUGUUCAAGAACGUUGACUCCUCUGCUCCCAUUCUUGACUCCAUACCGCGGCGCAAGACGCUCUUCUUCGAUGAGACGGUUAACGUACUCCUGGUAUUAAGAACGCCGUGGGCAGAUGAAAGGAUUUUGCGCUCUCACUUCUCCAGGCUCGUCAUAUCGCUAGAGACUCACAUCAUCAACACGGCGACGGCCGACCAUGAGAGCCCCAGCCCUCCAGGACAGGAUGUCAUUUUCACGGGCACCGUGCAGGACAUGGAUGACCCCUUCAUCGUUGUCGAUGAGUCCGACACCGGCAGCGACGAGGAUAGCGACGAGGACCAGCAACACGAGCAGCACAUUUACGCCGUUUGGAAGAUGGCCGUCUUUCUUGCCCGGCCUAGGUUACGUCUUCGACGCCCCGUGGCCGUGUUCCACGCCUCGGCGGGGUUGCAACCCGUAGAUCAGGUCGAAUCCGGAAGGGAUAGUGGCUACUUACAAAGUGGAGUACCUUCGGGCCUGAACCUCCUCGAAGCGUUUGGCAGCGAUCCGGCCCUAGAGGGAAGAACAAAGCCACGCCUCUCGGCUCUCCGGGUCUCUCGUGUGGCUCCUCUCACUGAUCCCAAAGAGCUAACAAGGUCCAUCAAGGCGCUUAAGGAAUUAAAACUGGACAUCACACCCGCAGUCCAUUCUCGCGUUCGGAUAGCGAGGCCGACGAUGCAGCCCCCAAACUCAACGCUGAUUGCUGUGUUAGAGGUGGACUUUGGGGGUAAUACUCCCUGCGACAUUACCAUCGAUAAGAUUACGCCGCAUCUCAGGGGCGGCACCGUCGAGGAUCUCAACGAUCAACCAGGCUCGGAACUGCUCCCCAUGACAUGUGCCGCCCACGACCACGCCACCUUCCUUUACUCCCUCCUCCCCUCCGACCUCGACGACAUCGUCAAGAACCCCAUACGAGACCUCGACAUCACCAUCGAGGCCACCGCAAACCUCGCCCCCAAAUGCACUCCGAAACUGAACCUCUCAUGGACAACACCUCUCGACUUCACCAUCCCCGUCAACCCCGGCUUCGGCCCCGCCAUGCAACCCAUCCAACGCUCCCACCGGCCCUCCCAGCUCUCCAUCGGCGGCGGCGAGUCCUCCUUCACGGCCCCUUCCGUCAGCCGGCCCGAUGCCCUCCCGACCCUCGAGGCCGCUACCACACGUACCGAGACGACCAUCCCCGAUCUUGGCAUCACCAUCACGUUUAGCGCACCCUCCGACCCCAUCUACCCCGGCGACGUCUUCUCGUGGACGGUAUACGUCGUCAACCGUACCUCUAAUAGGAACUCUGCCUCCCCGCGCAAGCUUGCCAUUGUUGCCCUGCCGAAACGUCGGAGGGUAGACCACCAUCGCGUCCUUCGGCCCCCCUCCGUCAGCCAUCCAAGACCAGCCUCCAUCGCCAACGCCGCCUCGACUGCGACAUCGAACCCCGAUAGUGCCGAACAGGUCGCCGACGCGGUUCUAGACGAGAACAUCGUUCACGCCAUGCAUAAGAACUCCACUCUCGAUGCGCCCGACGUCGUGUGUCUCAGCUCGGACGUCAGGGUUGGGCCUCUAGCGGCGGGUACCUGCCACGUCGCUGAGCUCAAGUUUAUGGCGUUGCGCGAGGGUGUCCUCGGCGUCGAGGCGGUGAGGGUCGUGGACUUGGGGUCGCAGGAACACGUUGAUGUUAGAGAGCUGCCGAUCAUUGUCGUGGGAAAGAGUCCAUGA